AUGCCAGCUUCAAUCAUCGAUAUCCCGCAAGCACCCAAGAACAUCGAGGUCACCUCUGACAACAUCGAUGCGGUGAACGUUAUCAAGGGCAAGGCAACCAAGGACUUGUAUGAUGCCUCCGAAUUUGACCAGGCAAAAGAUAAGACCGGCUUUCGCCAAUUCAACGACGCCUGCGACCGCGUCAAGAAUUUCUAUGCCCAGCAACACACCCUGAAAACCGUCGCGUAUAACCUGAAAGCCCAAAAUGAUUUCCAUACCAAGACUCGCGCCCGUAUGACCGUAUGGGAGGCAAUGGAGAAGCUCGAUACUUUUAUUGAUGAGUGCGACCCUGAUACUCAAGAGUCUCAAAUGACGCAUCUCCUACAAUCCGCUGAAGCAAUUCGACAGGAUGGAAAACUGAGAUGGAUGCAACUUGUUGGAUUGAUCCAUGAUCUUGGUAAACUCCUGUUCUUCUUCGGUGCGCAGUGA